AUCGGUGAUGGCCGUCCUAUGGGUAAAAGAAAAAAGGAGCGCUGUCAUCGGAAAAUGAACGGAAAGCGACAGUCAGCUCAAGAAAAACAGUUCUGGACAAUACCAUUCACUUAUCAGCUUAGUUCCAAAACCAAUAUUUUUGGUGAUCCAAUAAGAGAAUUCUGGUUACAUAAUAAAACUGUAGUGUUCACGGACAAUAAAGAACAAACUUCAGCAGCACUUCUAGCAAAUGUCAACUGGAAAUACCCAUACCGUGUCAACUAUGAUAUUGAAAAUUGGAAAAUGUUAGCGAGACUGCUCCGUGAAAACCAUUUGUCCAUACCGUUAUAUUCCCGAAUACAAUUGAUACUUGAUUCCGAAUUCUAUCUUAAACAGUCGACCGUUCCCGAACUCUAUUUGUACAUUCUAAGCUAUUUGACUAAAGAAAAUGAUGUUGGUCUUCUAUUAUUUGGUUUGGAUGCAUUAUACCGCUUUUUCGAUAUGUUUCGCGGAAGUUCAAUCAAUAACUUGCUUUUGUUGUUCUUGAGAGAGGUGACUGAAUGGCUUGAUAAAGUAAUGGAUGAUACGAAGACAAAACCUGAACUAGCAGCAUUGUGGUUACUUGAUGCUAACCGACUUAUUCAAUUUUAUAAACUUCGAUGUGCGGUGAAUUUGUCAACUUGCGAUCCAGAGGAUAAGGUAGAGCAGUGGUUAAAAUCAGGCGGUUUAACAGAAAGUGACCACUACUCGCAAAUGACUGCUAUUUGCCAUCAUUUGUUCACGAGAGGUACAAAAGAGGGAUAUGAUUUGGUUGAAAAUGGCUUGAAGCAGUUUAGCGGUAAAUGGACAACUGCAAUACAACUGGCAACAUGUGUGCGCAAUGAACACAUUCUCAAGAAAGUUGCAAGUCAGAUCAUUGCAACACGAAAUGCAGCCGUAUAUAUAGCCAUGUUGCAGAAUGAGUUCACACUACUUUACAAUAAGAAAUUUCGAGCAUUAUUUUGGAGGGAAAUCGGUGCCAUGCCACUGACUGAGCGUAAACUGUUAUUUUCUAUCGAAACAGAUCAAACAAUUCAAGUAGCUCAAACACUUGUACAUUCGGUACGGUCGUCGAUCGAAUUAGAAUGAAGUGGAUUGGUGGCGCUUCUCGGACGGGGAGUACCGUUGGAUGUGAGUAUGUCAUUGCUCUUGCCCAGUACAGCGGUGCGCAAUAGACGUUCAACGGUUCAGGAAGUCGUCCGAGAUUUCGAUGCAUUUAACAAAACUUUGGAUGAAGUUAGUGAGGAGAAGCGAGCUACCGGUGGAUUCCUUGCAAGUUUAUCAUUUCUCAUCAUCGUAGUGUUGGUCUUUGGCGAGUUGAGGAAUUAUUUUUACGGUGACGAAGGACAUUAUUAUAGAUUCUCAGUGGAUACAGCUUUCAAUGAGCAUCCUGAGUUGGAAUUGGAUAUGAUAGUUGCAACUCCUUGUACGAAUUUGAUGGCAUACCUUACUGGUGUUGCCUCAAACGAAUUCAAUUCUGUGAAUGAAUUCAAGCAUGAUCCAACACGUUUCGAAUUUACGGAAAAAGAAGCGAUGUAUUGGAAUGAACUGAAAAAAGUACAGCUUCGUGUUAAGGAAGGAAUAACCUUGUUUAAGAGUCUUGACGAAAUGACUUAUGUCAGCGAACGAGUUGAGGAGGGUUUAAAAACUGAAGCAGAAGCAAAGCAACGUGAAGAAGCGUAUGCGAUACAGUUGGAAAGGAAAAAUAACCCAAAACAAUCUUUGGACGGUGGAACAUUGAUAUUAAUUGGAAAUGGAUUUAACGUAUUUCAUGUUGUAGCAAGUAACUCGGAGAAAAGUGAAGGCACUGCUUGCCGUAUACAUGGUCGCAUGCCUGUCAACAAAGUCAAAGGUGAUAGUUUUGUUGUUAGCACUGGCAAAGGCCUGGAUGUCGGUGGUAUUUUCGCUCAUUUUAGUGGAAUUUCUAACCCUGGUAAUGUUUCUCAUCGAAUUGAGCGGUUCAAUUUCGGUCCCAGGAUAUAUGGUCUUGUGACUCCGCUGGCUGGAAUAGAACAAAUUUCUGAAACAGGUGUAGACGAAUUUCGUUAUUUCUUGAAGAUUGUACCUACGAGAAUAUAUCACAGUGGCCUUUUUGGUGGCUCUACUCUUACGUAUCAGUAUUCCGUGACAUUCAUGAAAAAAACACCCAAAAAAGAUGUGCAUAAGCAUGCAGCUAUCAUUAUCCAUUAUGAAUUCGCAGCAACAGUCAUUGAAGUUAGGCGUAUUCAAUCCUCACUACUACAGAUGCUCGUACGUUUGUGUUCUGCAGUCGGCGGAGUUUUCGCUACAAGUGUCGUAUUGAGUAGCAUAUGUGUACGUAUAUCAACUGUUUGGAUAAGUAUGUCGAAAAGAAUAAUGAAAAUCCGGUCGAUCGAUUCUCAGUUAGGAAUUGUACAACCUCAGGUUGUUGCGGAUACUUAA